AUGUAUUCGCUCGCAGACCGCCUGCUCAUCCACGGCCUCAAAUCCCUUUCAAAGAUGAAUGUCAAGAAGGAGCUGUCUCAGCGUCUAGAUGGGGAUGCUUUCCGAAAGGCGGUCAUCGAGACAUAUAACACAACGCCUGAACAUGAACGGGGUCUGCGGGAUCUAAUUGUCGAAAUGACGAUAGAUCAUUUGUCUGAUUUGAGACAGGAAAACAACUCAGCGCCUGCUGCUUUACAAGAUAACCUUUUCAAAGAGGUUCCGGGAUACGCAUAUGAUCUUUUGAAAACAAUGAUAAACAAAAAUGUGAAGAGGAACCAAGUUGGUUGGUAUUAG